AUGGUAUAUACGUAUCUAGGGAAACAACUCUUGUCGAGAUUAGAAAUCGAUGAAGACGAGAUUGUUGACACGAUGGAGAUUCUGGGAAUUGGUCAGCAGUACGACACUGACGUGCGUGCAAAUCUUGUCGAGCUAAUGACGCAUCGCCUCAGUGGAGAAAAAAAGUGCUCAAGUGCCCAGGCUGGCCAUGUGUUUGAGGUUUACAUGAACAAGUGUGAUACUUUCAACAAACUCGCACGAAAAGUACGUCUACUACCAGAUGUCAUCGAUCUGCGGUAUUUUGGAGCCCCAAAGCUGUCGACGUCGCUCGUGUGUAUUGCAAAUAUGGACAGGAUAAUACGCGAAUGUCCCCGUGACCCAAAAUUGCGCUGGGUAUAUCGAGGAGUCCACCCGGAUAGAAUUCAAAUUGUGCAUACGUUAACAUCAGACCGCCAUCUAGCAAACCGGUACGAGUCCGCGCUUGUAAACUACGGCUUCACGUCGUGUACAACAAACAUACACCAGGCGAACCGGUUUGCGUCUACGGAAAAGAAGUGCUGUAUACUCCGAUUUCGCAUACCCGAAUCAGUUGCGUAUUUUGACGCUCGCAAAAUAAACACAAUGGGCGAGGAAGAACUUGUGAUUAGACGCAACACGACAUUUUCGGCCUUCAGGCCAGUCUUUCGCCUGGAUGAUGAUACACAGGUGAUUGAGUGCGUAUUGAGGAUAUCGCCUGCACCACUGGCCGACUAUUUGACAUGA